UGAAAUAACAUCGAGUGAAAAGAUUCAAAGAAGAUUUGGUGAAUCUGGUGAGAUGAAGGUUCUUCAGUACGGAGUGAUAGCAACUCUCCAGCUCUCGCUCAUGCUUAUUGACAUCAUCAUCAAUACAGCAUCAGAGCACUUUAGGAGCUCAGAGCUGCAUCUCCUUGUGAUGUACAUUGUUCAAGAUGUUUCGUUGGUGUUGGCUCUCAUCAUCCUUUUCUUGGUUUUCUUCAACACUUAUGUAUUUAAAGCUGGCCUGGUGGCUCUUCUCAUACGGAAAUUUGUUGCUACAAUUGUUGUUACUCUCAUCUACUUGGCUCUGUGCUUAGCUCUUCAUGUCUGGGCUAUGAAGUUGAGGUGGGGAAAAGACAAGACUUUCUACAUAUGGGACGCAGGGAAAGACGGCUAUCUUAUCCUAUAUGUCUGUCAGCGAGCAGGCUCUGUGCUCUACUACUUCUUUUACAAAAGAACCACUCUGAGACUGGGGGACCCGAACUAUUACAAGGAUUCUGCUUGGCUCAGAGAACAUGUUAACUGAGAAAUUCAGUGAAGCUGGCCAGAAAGUUUGUGUACUAUAGGGCCGUUCACAUAUUACAUAGUUACAUAUUGGAUAAUUUGUAACACCCCUCCGUAAUCAGUUUUACACAUAGCUAUUGUGUAAAAAUUACUCUAGCGUAAUCAUUUGGAAACCCCCCUCCCCCUCGGCUGAUUACGUAAUAUAUGUGGACGACCCCUUGCAUGUGUCUGUGAUAUUAUCAUAUUAGUUACAUGUAUAAACUUGAAGUUAAGACUUUGCUAUAUUUUGAAUUUUUCAUUAGGUCGAUACCUACUUCGAUAGAUUAUGAACGCAGUGAAGCAUUGAGAAGCAUCGUUUUAAUAAAGCAUGAAUAAUUUUCCCUCUAUAAUUAUAUAAUCUGUAGUGGAAUAAUCAUAUUAUUAUAUUUAUAACAUUAUUGUAAAUCUAGUCACCAUGUUCCCAUUUUUCGUGACUGAUUUGAUAGAAGGAAACCUAACGCAGACUAUUUACAGUACACAGUAUUGAGUGUUUUUUUAGUCAGUGGUACUCCACUCUCAGCUAUUAUCUUAACUAAUUAUUAGUUUAGGAUUUUGUCAAGAUACAGGGAAUAUCGUGUCUCACAAGGUUGAAGGAAUAAAUUUAAAAUUAUAAUUACUUACUUUGUGUUACUUUAAACAUAUUUAUAGUAGGAGUUGAAUAGCUUUAGGUGUGAAAUUACAAUGCUAAAGGUAUUUUAUAAGAUGAAUUGAAGUAUAACUUGGCAGUUUUGAUGAAUUAAACUCUUAUAAAUUUUGAUGAAAUAAUUUUGUUAAGUCAUGACGGUCCAUUAAAAAUUCCGAGUUACUUCAUUCGGAUGCCAGGGUUUAAUUCGUCGAAAAUUCCAACUACAGACGUUAGAUAUUAUUUAUAAAUGACACGCUUCCCAAAUAGUGUCAAUGCUGUACCGGAUACACAUUUUUGAUACAUUUAUUUCAGUACUGCAACUGCAUGGAGUUAUUUUCAAAUUAAAUCCGUCAGACAAUGUUUUGAAUUUUAAACAAGGCUGGGUUUUAGGCCAACAUUCAAUCAUUUAUUAGAGAAAUACGUUUAUAUGAUGUUCACUUUAUAUUAUUCAAACAAAAAAAUUCAUUGUAAAUAUAUUUUAUCCACGUAAUAUUUUCUGAUACAACCGUGAACUU